GUUUGGAUUAUUUUUUAAUACAAAUUCAAAAAAAAAAAAAAAAAGCUCAUUCUACCUUUUGUUUUGAACCAUCUUUUGCUUGUUCUGUAUUCAUUUAUUCACUCAAAGCUUAAAGCUAGCUUUGUUUCUAGGUUUAUGAAAGUGCUUCAGAAAUGAGUGAAUACGACCUGGAUUUGGACGAUGAGAACAGCGAUUAUGAUGCGUUGAAUGUCAAGCAUGAACAUGAAACGGAUGAGGAUACUGAAGAUGCUAGUGAAACUGAUAUGGUGAAACAGGAGGAAGAAUAUACUGAAAUCAAAGAACAAAUGUAUCAAGAUAAAUUGGCAAACUUGAAGAAACAGUUGCAGCAAUUAGAAGAUGGUGUUCAUCCGGAAUAUUUGAAGCGCCUGAAAAAAUUAGACCAAAGUUUUCAAACCAGACAGCUGUUAAAUGAAGUAUUUGAACGUAUUGAGAAAGAAAGAGUGGAACGUGAAUACUUUCUUGAAAAGGAGGCAGCCAAAAAAGAGUUUGAAGAGAAACAAAUUGAGUUGAAAGAAAACCUAAUAUCUGACUUAGAAGAAAAGAAAAGAAUCAUCGAAGCUGAGCGUAGCAACAUGGAGCUCACCGAUAAGAGCUCACUGCAGUUCGCUGAUCUUGCAAUCGUCAGAAGACUUAUCCUAGAAGAUUCAAUGGAAGUAAAACCUGUUACAACCAGAAAGCUACGAAGACGGCCUAAUGAUCCUCUGCCUAUGCCUGAAAAAAGGAGAAAAACUUUGCCAACUCAGUUAAAUUUUCUUCUUGAAGAUAAUGAAAUCCUCGAUGACCUUCGCAUUCUUAAUAAGGGCAAAUAUUCCACACCUAGCAAAAGACAUGACAGAGAAAUUCGAAGUUUACACCGACAGCUUUAUCUUCAAACCAGUCCAAGUCAUGAUGGCUUGUCCAGUGAUCAUCGUUCAACAUCAAUUGAGGUAAAAGUUGAAGAUGGAAAGCUGUUUUAUGACAAGAAAUGGUAUCAUCGUGGUCAACAAGUGUACUACGAAGAAAAGGAAGCAGGAUCUAAAAAGAGUGGCUCAAUUUGUACUAUAAGUUCAUCUGAAAUUUGGAUCAGGAGGACAUCUGAUUGUAAUAAAGUUCGUAUUCAUAUUAACCAACUGCAAAAAGGAAAAUUCACAAUUCGAAGGAGAUCAGCCUAAGUUCAUCCAACACCAGAUGUGUAUUUUGUAUAUAGAAUGUAAUGAAUAUAUUAUCAUACUUACAAAUUAUGUAAAAUGUAAAUCUUGAUAAUAUUUUGUUUUAUUUAUUAAAUGUCAUAUCGUUGA